AUGGUAGAACCUGAGCAUUUGAUUCGAUCUUGGUCUGAUAUUAGCGCCCAAGUUACUCCUCCUACUUGUGCAAUUGACUCUCAAGAAUGCAGAAGAAUAAGUGGUCCUACCAGAAGCUCAAAUAAAGGAGGAUGGACCCCAGAGCAGGACAAACUCUUGAUGAAUGGUGUGUGGAGGUACAAAGGAAAGAAUUGGAAAAAGAUAGCUGAGUGUGUUCCCGGGAGAAAAGACAAGAGGAAGACUGAUGUCCAGUGUCAACACCGUUGGCUUAAAGUUCUUAAUCCUAACCUCAACAAAGGACCUUGGAGAAAAGAGGAAGAUGAUCUCUUGAGUGAAUUGGUUAAUGUCUUUAUUUAGAAUGAGAAGCCUAAAUGGUCCAAAAUAUCCAAGCAACUCCCUGGUCGCAUUGGCAAGAAAUGUCGUAAAAGCAUAUAUAAUCAUCUAAAUCCGACUAUCGAAAAGACUCCGUGGACUAGAGAAGAGGAACUGAUUCUGGUUCAGGCACAAAGAGAUCAAGGCAAUAAGUGGGCCGAGAUUGCUAAGCUCUUGCCUGGAAGGACGGAGAACAAUAUCAAGAACCACUGGAAUUGCUCACUUAAGAGGAGAUCGGAACACCUUGUUACUAGUAGCCCCUUGUCUGGUUAUGGACCUUGUGGUUAUGAAUCUAGCUUUUUCAAUCAAAGCAACAUGAUGGAAAUCAAGAAAGCUGCCAAGAGUCCUCAAAGGGAUUCACUGGAAUUAACUCUAGAGCCCAUGAAUUGGAGGAACACGUCUUCAUCCAUAAACUCUCUUAAAGGGGAUGAAGAAUCAAAAAUCUCGUCAUCACUAGAAUCUGAUUGGUUAAGACGCAAUAGCAAGGUUGAAAUAACAAUAACACCUUCUUCAGAUGACCAUCACCACAAGAAUGUAUGGUUAACUCCGCAAUUAACAACUCCGUCUUGUGUAAAAGUUCCAUUGAGUCCGGAAACCCCACAGAGCAGCAGCGCUGGACAAGAAGUGAGGGAGAUCAUAGGGAGAUGGAAAAUGGCUGCGAGUACUUUCGAGAACACACCUUCCAUUAUCUCCAGAAGAAGAUCACCAGCCUCACGGCGCAAACAAGAAAACGACUCACCAUUUGAUAGAUGUCCUCGGACUCUCCUGUCAAGUGAGGAAGAACUUUCAGUUUCAAAUUCUUCUUCUUCCAGCUCCUUUACUCAUGACACGCAGCAACAAUUGUUCAGGUUCAAAACCUUGGAGAGGCGCUUGGAGUUUGAUUUUAUUUGACAAGUGAACAUACCUUUUUUCAAAGGUUUCAUACUUGGAAUCAUCAAGUUUAAAAACUCAGCAGUUUGUUUAAUUCUCUUCAUGUAUUUUUUUUAUAUUUUUGUUGGAGCAAUUUUUCUUCAUGGUACAUAUUUGAUGUCUAGUCUAGUUUUCUUAUCCACCAUACUUUAGGAUCCGACGUUUAGUUUUCUUUAAAUCCGUUUCAUAUUUUGUGAAAACGUGUUUUUUCACACUAGUACAAGAAAAAUAAUACAAUGAAAAAUCCUUGCAAAUUUAUCAUAAUGUUAUCUUUUCAUGAUAAAAACUAUUAAUAUCCGAUAAUAAUAAUAAUAAUAAUAUCACAAUAUAUUUAUAAGGAAAGACCGUAGCUUAUUUCCUUCUUGAUAACGUAAUUUCUCAUCACUUUCCGAAACCCUAAUCCUAAGCUAACUGAAAAAAAAAGGUAAAACCAUAUCUCUAUAUAAAUACAAACAAGUUCUUCAUUCCUUGCGCAACCAAAAAAAAAACAAAUUUCGAAGCAAUACAUGUCUCGUGAAAGCCUUCUCUCUGCUGAAAAACCAACGCCUCGUGAAAGGCUUGGUGUCUCUUCUGCUUCAGCGUUAGGGCAAAAGGGUAUGACGACUCGUAAACUCGAAAUCACGGCCGUAUCGGCGGAGGGUCUCCUCAUCGGUGGAAAACCGGUAAAGAAAAACGCAUUCGUCGCCUUUGACAUCGCCGGGAAUUAUAGCAACCGGGCAAUGAGAACGGAGGUCUGUGGGGAUCAUCCGGUGUGGAAAGAGAACCUAGAGACGGAGUUUUCGUUACCGCCGGAGAAGAAAGAGGGUUUCAUGUACGUUAGGGUUUAUUGCGAGAUCUCCGGCGGGAAGGAUAAACACGUGGGAACGGCACGUGUGCCGAUAAAGGAUUUUACGGGAGAAUAUGCGCCGGAGGGUUUCUUGCAGUGUCUGAGUUACAGAUUGUGGGACGAUUACGGCAAAAGGAACGGUAUUGUCAAUUUCUCGGCGAGGAUCGUGCCGGUUAGUAAGCCCGGUCUGCGUCCCUUUUGGUUAAGGUAGUUUUUUAGGUUUGAGAUUGGUUUGUUAUGGUUUCACCUGGUUUAUUUUCCCGGCACUUAUACAUAUUCGAUCGGUCUACUGUAACAAAUUUGAUCACCAUGGUCUAAAAGAACCAAAAAAAACAAACAAACUAAUUUAAACUAAUGAAAUCGAUACUGUAUAUUGUAUAUUUGGAUUUUCGGUUAUUUUUAAUUUGGGUAAUUAUAUCAUUUAGCUGAUAUACCAUAAAUAAGGAUAAAGUGAUUAUUAGUUAUAAAAGAAAAUAAACCGAAAGUAGAUAUGUUAAAGUGUGGCAUAACCCGCAUAAGAUGUCCAAAUAGAUCAAUACGGGUAAAUCUGGACAUAUAUAUAUAUAUAUACAAAUUGUAACUAAUCAGCAUAAAAAUGAGUCUUUAGCGGUUUAAUUAUUUGGAUUCAUGUUUUUCUGCUUUACAUUUCUAAAAUUAAGAGUUCUGAUAGAAUAUAAAAACAAAUAGAUCCGACCCGAUAAGAAUCGAUUUAUUUCCGACCUAAAAAUAUUAAUAUCCAAAACUAUGAUUUUAUUUGUUCUAUUUUAUAUAUUUUAGUUUAUAAUUAGUUGUACUGUAUUCUUAUUAGCAAUCUUCAUUACUAUUUUUGUAAAAAAUUAGAGUUUUAAAAUGAAUAAUUUCAAUUAUUAGUAUUUUAUUUUUGGUUAUUUUACAAAAUUUAGAUAACUAUGACGAAUUUCAGCAAAAUUUUGUUGGAUUUUGAGUAUUUCAGAUAUUUUCUGAUAUUAAAUACUCGGAGUCGUCGAUCCGAACUCGACAGUACGGACUCGAAAAUUACAUGCAUUUUAAUUGUAGACAAGGACUGAUCCGGAUGCGAGAGGAACCGAUCCUGAUGCGAGAGGAACCGAUCCAUACCGGAACUAAAAUUUUCUAAAUACCUAGUUAGGUUUAAAUAUUUAUGACUCAAAAUAUCCGAAUCCGAAGACCCAAACCCAACCUGAAAAUCUGAACAUUUGGGACCGAAGACCCGAUUCAAUAUUUUUUUAAUUUUAUACAUGUCAUAUAAACAAAAAAAAUUCCAUUAUUAAAUAUUUUUAAGUACCUAAAAAUAACCAAAUCAUAAUUAUAUAUUUAAAUAUAUUAAUUAUUUUAGAUCUAUUAUCUAAAAAUAUCCGAAUACUUCAAAUUUUCAAAAUACAAGAAAAGUAUUCAAAAAUAUCAAAGAGUAAUUAUACAAAAUAUAUCCAAAAAAUACUCAGGACACAGAAAGGCACCCCAAAAUAUCUUGGUUUUUCACCCAAAUAUCCAUAACGAACCAAUUUUGUGGUAAUUUUAGAUAUUUCACAUACAAUAUUCAAAAUUUACAAGUAUAUUAUUUUUAUGUUUGAGCAAAGCUUCUUCUUGCUUACAAGUAUAUUAUUACUUGAAACGUGAAUAUACCCUAACCAAAUCCCUAAUUUUAAACCGUCACUAAUUCCCGGUUCGAUUUUUUCUUUAAAAACAUUGUUGACCAAAUAUCGCAGUAUAAUAUACAUUCAAUACCCCCUUUAUCGAGGGGAAAUAAUCAUUCAAGCAUUAGAAUGUAUCAGCUGCAAAAACUCCCUUGUAUGUAUGUGGUACGUCUAUCAGUGAUAGACUAUCACUCACAGCUUGGAGUCCAAGAUGGGGUUACCAGUCACAGUUUCUUUGAGCAAAGCUUCUUGCUUCAACGAUACCACCAGCUGCACAGUCC